UGGGUUUAAAGAAGGAAACAAACAAACAAACAGAACCCUCAGGCCAAGUCCCAGCAUAAAAUUGUUACCUUGAAGAAGCUGAGUGGAGCAGUGUGAAGAGAUGAAUGGACCGGUGGAUGGCUUGUGUGACCAUUCUCUAAACAAGGAAGGAGCCUUCAUGUUCACCUCGGAAUCUGUAGGAGAGGGGCACCCAGAUAAGAUCUGUGACCAGAUCAGUGAUGCAGUGCUGGAUGCGCAUCUCAAGCAGGACCCCAGUGCCAAGGUGGCCUGCGAGACGGUGUGUAAGACGGGCAUGGUGCUGCUGUGCGGGGAGAUCACCUCCGUGGCCAUGGUGGACUACCAGCGGGUGGUGCGGGACACCAUCAAGCACAUCGGCUACGACGACUCGGCCAAGGGCUUUGACUUCAAGACCUGCAACGUGCUGGUGGCUUUGGAGCAGCAGUCCCCGGAUAUUGCCCAGUGUGUCCAUCUGGACAGAAACGAAGAGGAUGUUGGUGCCGGAGAUCAGGGCCUGAUGUUCGGCUACGCCACAGAUGAGACGGAGGAGUGCAUGCCCCUCACCAUCAUCCUGGCGCACAGACUCAACGCCCGCAUGGCGGAACUGCGGCGCUCGGGGCAGCUCCCCUGGCUGCGGCCCGACUCCAAGACGCAGGUGACAGUGCAGUACACGCAGGACAGCGGCGCGGUCAUCCCAGUGCGCAUCCACACCAUCGUCAUCUCUGUGCAGCACAACGAAGACAUAACGCUGGAGGACAUGCGCAGGGCCCUGAAGGAGCAGGUGAUCAGGGCCGUGGUGCCGGCCCAGUACCUGGACGAGGACACCAUCUACCACCUGCAGCCCAGCGGGCGGUUUGUCAUCGGAGGCCCCCAGGGGGAUGCGGGCGUCACUGGCCGUAAGAUCAUUGUGGACACCUACGGCGGCUGGGGGGCGCACGGCGGGGGCGCCUUCUCCGGGAAGGACUACACCAAGGUGGACCGCUCGGCCGCGUACGCUGCCCGCUGGGUGGCCAAGUCCCUGGUGAAGGCAGGGCUCUGCCGAAGAGUGCUUGUGCAGGUGUCCUAUGCCAUUGGUGUGGCCGAGCCACUGUCCAUUUCCAUCUUCACCUACGGAACCUCCCAGAAGACAGAGAGAGAGCUGCUGGCUGUGGUCAACAAGAACUUCGACCUUCGGCCUGGCGUCAUCGUCAGGGACUUGGAUUUGAAGAAGCCCAUCUACCAGAAGACGGCAUGCUACGGCCAUUUCGGAAGAAGCGAGUUCCCCUGGGAAGUUCCGAAAAAGCUUGUGUUUUAGUGCUGGUGGGACCGGGCCUGGCUGCACCGUGGAGGCAUCUGAGUGGAACAGAGCCAUGUUCCUCUUCUCU